AUUUAGUACAAUGCAAAGAAAAUUAAUCUCAAUUAUACUUCAUAAAUGAAUGUUAUAUACUUUAGCUUAUAUUAGGCUUAAGCAUUUGAUAAUGAAAAGCAAGCCACGUUAGCGAUACCGGGCACUCAGCGGCCGACGCCAAGGACAAGCAUUUGGCAAAUGACAAUAUACGAAAGAUUAAAUGCCGCAACCUUCUUAGAAACAACUACGAUCAAACCAUUUUUUUAUCAGCAAGCAAAUUUCAAAUGCUUUUAUUGCACUGAAGUUUUUCCAGAAAUACAUUCAGUAUUGCAACACACAGCUUUUCAUCCGGUUCCGGAUAGAUCGAGUCUCCUCAAGCAGUAUUUAAGGAAAGGCAAACGCGUGAUUAAAGUUGAUAUAUCUAAUUUGAGAUGCAAAUUAUGCGAACAGAAGUUUUCCGACCUCGAUGAUAUUAGAAAGCAUUUGAUAGUCAUGCACAAAAAGGAAUUUAAUGCAGCUGGAAACGGUCUCAUGGCUUAUGACCUGAGUACGAACAAUGGUGUUCUCUCGUGUCAUAAAUGCGGAAAGACCUUCAACUCGUUUUUUCUUCUGAAUAGACAUAUGAAUGCCCAUUUCAGUGUCGUCUGCGAAACCUGUGGCCUUGGAUUCAUUUCACACCAGCGUCUCAUUAACCACAGGAUAGUUCAUCAGAAUGGUGUGCAUAAAUGCGAUAAGUGCCAAGAUAUAUUCCCGACAAAAUUGAAAUUAAGGUACCACAUAUUCAAGAAACACGAAAUGACAAAUGCGAAGAGAGUGAAACCAUUGAAAUGUCCACAUUGCUUGGAACGAUUUUCAGAGCAUUAUCGAAAGAUGACACAUUUGAAGGAGGCGCAUGGAAUAAUCUUUACGUUCGAAUGUCAAGUUUGCAAAGCGAUUUUCCCGACUCGUCGAGCCUUGACGGAACACACAACAAAGCAACAUACCCAAAAAAUUCAAUGCAAAGUAUGCGGAAAGUGUUUCGGAACGAAAUCGCUUUUGAAGAUGCAUUCACGUGGACAUACCGGAGAAAGAAAUUUCUACUGCAACGUAUGCCAGAAAGCAUACAUGCACGAGAGAACUUUACGCCAGCAUAUGCGAGUACAUGGACCUGUUUUGAAGUUCACGUGCUGUGAAUGCGGCAGUGGUUUUCAUAAUCGUAAUGAUUAUAACAAACAUAUGAAACAGUGGCACCCCCAGUGGCAGUUUAGGACUAUUAUUAAGAACUUUGGAUCUGAACUCGUAAACUGAUUUACUGUAUAGUUAUUUAGGUUUCGAACGGGCUAGUGGUAAUACAAGUCACGAUUAAAUGUUGUGAUGAAAAUAUUGAAAAUUAAUUUUAUUUUACUUGCGGCAUAGAUUUAGAUUU